AUGGCCAUGUUCUCCAUAAGUGAGCAAACGGCUUGCGUGUUGUCGAUUCCGGGGGCGAUCUCGACGGCGUUUGGCUGUAUGUUUGCCUUCACUAAGCUCCUCACGGCCAUCUCCAAGUCCAAGCUCAUUCCUGCGGGCUUCCACCGUCAAUACUUUAUCUACAAAACCCCCGCCGUCGCCUUGACCACCGGCACACUCGUUGCCUAUUGCAUCUGCCUCAUCGUAUACUACAUCCCAAGCGUCAUGAACUAUAUCUUCAACGUGUGCUGCCUCAGAGCCAUGACCGCAUACUCGACGCAGUGCUAUGGCUACAUAUACGUCAAACGCCACUUCAAGCACAUCGAGCGCCGCUACAAAAGUCCGUUUGGCGUUCCUGGCGCGAUCUUCUCGAUGGCGGUCUGGAGCCUCGUCAUCCGCCUCGCGUUAGCCUACUACCACGCCUACGGAAAGCACCACCAGAGCUUCUCGGACGAAGAGAAGGUGCUCUUCAUCACCCACGUCGCCAAAUUCAACGCCGGCAAGCGGUCCAAGCCGUCGACGCAAAAGUCAGCCAGCGCAGUGUCGAGCAAGCCGUCAGCCAAGACCCGGCGCUCGAUCAUCAAGGUCGAGGUGUGCACCAAGUCGAGCACAACCGGCCAAGGCUCUGCGGCGGGCAGUAGCAAGGUCGCCGUGAGUGCGGUUAGCGAAUCAGCGUCCAAGGACAUUGCGAUAUGAAUGCGUGAAUUCGACCUCGGUGAGAGGAUUGAAGAUCGAAGA